AUGAAACGAGUUUUAUUUUACCUCGCCAAAAUGGCUGACGCGUCGUCGUCGGUGCGCGUGAAAAAAAUACCCGAUAAUUUAUAUGAGGUGUGCUUAACUAAUUUAGUGAACUUUUUGCAGAAAUGUAAGUGCGAACGGAAUGAUUUGCGAUAUUUACCGGACAGCAUCCUUAUGGAUGUUUAUUACAAGAUGCUGCAGGAGAAGCGUCUCUGUAUCCUAGGAGCUGAACUAUCAGAGCUGGACAUCUUCGAGAGGCUGCUGCGUUUUUCGGGAGCACAACUUAGACUUCUGCAAUGCUUUCAGGCGGUGAUAGAGCACGGGUCGAAGCUAUCAUCGGAGCUUGCGAGCGGCUACCUCGCGCGGUGCGACGCUAGCAAGGAGUCAAACAACACACUCAUACAGUUAGGACUUAGGCUGGGUGGUUUCCUUAACGAGGCCGGUUGGUACGCGGACGCUCAGAGGGUCCUAGUACGAUGUAGGGACCUCUGCCAGGCCCAGCCGCAGACCACGCAUUACAAACGAUUGACCCUGGAGUGCUGUCACAGACUUCUAAACACCCAGUCAGCAUACUGCUGUCUGUCGGCCGCCGCGGAAACUUACGAGCUGGCGUUGGAACUGCUAGGGCUCCCGGGGGACGCCGCCCUCCGCCUUACAGACAGGCCCAUGCAAGUGGCUGGGGAGUGGUUCGCGAAUAUGCUACAGGAGUAUGAGGAAGAUAGUGAGGUGAGCGCGGGCUGCGGGUCGUGGCGCGCGUCCUCGCUACUGGCCCGUCUAUGUAAAGAGUUCAGCGCGCUGUUCUUUUUCCGCUGCGACUACAGCGCAGCGCACGCCUGGAGCCUCGCCGCGCUAAGUCUGCUCACGCCGCACACGCCCGCCAAGAUAACAGUGGAGGUUGUCAGAGCGUGCGGCAAGGCGUGUGUGGUGAAGCGGCGCUUCAAGGCGGCGGGGCUGCUCGUGAGGCAGGGCGUGUCCCUAGCGAGGGCGGCCUUCGGUACACACCACCCGCGGUACGCCGCCGCGCUGCUCGACUACGGCUUCUACCUACUAAACGUGGACUCGAUCACGCAUAGCGUGGCCGUGUACGAGGAGGCGUUAGGUACUCUCCGUCGCGUGUUCGGCCGCAGUAGCCUUCACGUAGCUACGGCUCAGGAAGACCUCGCCUACGCCCUCUACGUACUAGAGUACUCCUCGGGCAGGUUCUACAAGGCCAGGGACCACGCGGAAAGGGCCAUCAGGAUUAUAGAAAACCUCGUCCCUCCCGACCACUUGCUGCUCGCGUCCGCUAAACGUGUUAAAGCACUCAUUUUAGAAGAAAUCGCUCUGGACACUCCCGCGGGCCAGGAUAUGAGAGAGCCGAGUCUUCUAGAAGAGUCCGAAGCUCUCCACAAGGCGGCGCUCGAGCUGAGCAUGAUGGCGUUCGGAGAGAAGAACGUACAGACGGCCAAACACUACGGGAACUUGGGGAGGCUGUAUCAGAGCAUGCAGAAGUUUAAGGACGCAGAGACGAUGCACCUCAAAGCGAUAGCGAUAAAGGAAGAACUACUGGGAGCUGAGGAUUAUGAGGUGGGACUGAGCGUGGGGCACCUGGCCUCGCUGUACAACUACCACAUGAAUAUGCAUCGAGCGGCCGAGAAACUAUAUCUCAGAUCUAUAUCUAUUAGUUUAAAACUGUUCGGCGAGCGGUACUCUGGCUUGGAGUAUGAUUACCGUGGGCUGGUGCAUGUAUUCACUCAGCUCAAAAGGCACGAACGAGCGCAUCACUACAACGCUCUGUUACAACACUGGCACGAUCUCCGCGAGCAGUCCAAGGCGGAGCAGCAGCCGGCGCUAGGAGAUGAGCAAGUGAUGCCGCUGGAACAGCUGCAGGCGCACUUCUACAACAACAACGACUGA